ACCACUCCCCCUUCCCUCUAGUCACAGUCAGACACGAACAGACUGGUUGAGUGGCAACACACUACGAGAGGGGAACAAAUCUGUGGAAUUGGAAUGAACUGUUUAAGGGAGCCCUACCUUGCCUCCCUCUGAGCCUAGGAAGUGUGAAACGUGAGACAAGCUGCACCUAUUCUCUGUGAGUAGUUCUGAAAGCACAAGGGGGAAAUACCAUAUCUAGAACAUUGACUCCCUUCAAACACCUGGAGCUGUGACUAUCCUGAGGAGAUCUCUCCCCUCACACGUACUCGCCAACGGACCGUGGAGGUGUGAGAAGAGCCGUGGCGAUAAGCAGCUGACGUGAAACAGACGAGGAACAAGGAAGAAGAGAGUAAAAAGAGAGAGAGGGAUAGGAGAAGAAAAUGGAGGCCUUGCUUCCUGUGUUGCAGCGGCACCCUGGACUGUCUGUGUUGGUGUGUGCUCUGAUGUUCCGGGUGGCCCACCGACUACUACAGAACCUGCCUGUUCCCAAAGUGGUGGCGGUGGAUGACUUCCGCUCCUGGAAGUGGAGGAACCUCUCUGUCUCUAUGGUCCACUCCCUCCUGACAGGGACUUGGGCUGUGACCUGUGUAUUCAUCUGGCCUGAGAUGGCAACCAACAUUCACUCCUUCUACACGGCCCCAGCCUACAUACUCAUCUGCAUCUCAUCAGGAUACUUUGUUCAGGAUGCAGGUGACAUCAUCCUAACUGGACACGCAAGAGGAUCCUGGGAGUUCUUAAUUCAUCAUGUCCUGGUGCUCUGGUGCUUCCUGUAUUCUCUGUACUCGCACCUCUACGUGGCCGGUGCUGUGGUGGCUCUCUUUGUGGAGGUUAACAGUGUCACCCUGCAUUUGAGGCUAAUGCUGAAGCUAGCAUCACAGCAGUCGUCCCCUCUGUACCAAAUCAACAAGUUCCUCAACGUCUUCACAUAUGUCGUCUUCCGCCUCAGCGCACAGUUCUACCUCACGUAUUACAUCGUCCAGAACUACUCCUGGAUGGACAAAGGAGGCUACUUCCUCGUUACCAUGACCCUCAUGAACACCAUGAUCCUGAUCUACUUUUAUCGUCUUCUCCGUGCCGACUUCUUCCCCCGGAGCAGGCCUAGCAUGGCGCUAAAUGGCACCCAUAACAACAACAUCAAAAAGUUCCUCACUGAAUGACACCGAGAGCGACAUGGCUGUAAACUGGCGGUUGUGUUUGCCUUUUGUUUUGUUCGCUUACUGAUAUCAUUCCUCAUCAAGACGUCUCAUCUGGUUGCAUUGUCAAGCUGUCUUCACAACAACAACCAUAACAGAGCUCUGUCUCUCAACAGCUCGUGUUGUAGUGAGAGGCAGCCAGGAAAGGAUGGGGACAGUGGUACAUUCCCUAUAGUGAUGCUUCUCUACUGAUGAUUAUGCCCACUGUGGCUAAAGAUCUCUCACAGACACCCAAACAGGGCAGCAUAGAGUUAGAGACUGGUCCAUUCACACUGGCUGGGAGAAUCCUACUAACUGACCUCCAGGAUACUGUGCCACUUUUGCUUCUGAUCAUGGCUAAUACAUUCUUAUAUUUUAAAUAAAUGUAUGUGAUUCAUGUGGAAUGCUCUUUAACAGAAAAAAUACUUAUACAUUUAACAUAAUUUUGUGAAUAUAUACAGUAGAGAAACAAACUGUCAAAGAUAUAUCGGGCAUCACCUUGGUGUUGUACAUCCAACCCCACAAACCACUAAGCUGUAGCUUAGCAACAUAGUUUUAUUGAAAUUUCCACUAAUAGGAUUUUGUUAUAUAUACAGUAUAUACUAUUCAUAAAUAUAGUACAGUCCAAUAUUUUUGACAUUGUAACAAACUUUCAAUCUUCCCUGCUUGGUCUCAACAGGUCAACACCAAUAUGUGGUUGACCAGCAUUCUUACAACAGCGACCAUUCAUUCCAUAAAUCUAACAUAGUGAAAUGCAUGUAUCCCGUUGAAAGUAGCUGAAUGUACGGCCAGGUCUACAUUUUCUUGAGGUUACAAGAAUCACUUAUAUUUAUCUUUGAAUUAUUUAUCAAAGUGAACCAAACCAAAACAGACAGGUCCAGAGGAUGGGUUAGCAAUGGGUUUUGGUAAGUUAUAGUAGUGCCUAUACCACAGUUCCUUCUCAACAACCUUCCCUAGAUAGCCCGUACAGUAUGUUUAUAGAUGCAAUGUUGGAGAAGAUACCAAUUACUUCACAUUAGAAGAAGUUAAGGUGGAUUAAAGCUACCCUUAAGAAAAAUAUAGUUUAUGUAACUAAAGUUACUUUGAAAAAGUAGUACAUUUUUCAUGAAGUAGUUUAGAUUAAGUUAUGUAAAUUUGAAAUGCCAUAGACUCUACAAAUUGCAAGAACAGAUUAUCACUUUGGGGUCAUAUGGUAACAAAGAGUAAUUUAACAUAUCAAACGCAACAAUGUUUCAAGUGUGAAUGAGGCAGGUCUGAUGCUGAAAAAGAAAGAAAAUGAUUGGUGAAGUAGGCAAUCUUAUAUUUUUGCAAAUAAAAGUAGUGUAUAGUUCCAGUAGAAGUCGGAAGUUUACACCUUAGCCAAAUACAUUUAAACUCGUUUUUUCACCAUUUCUGACAUUUAAUCGUAGUAAAAAUUCCCUGUCUUAGGUCAGUUAGGAUCACCACUUUAUUUUAAGAAUGUGAAAUGUCAGAAUAAUAGUAGAGAAUGAUUUAUUUCAGCAUUUCUUUCUUUCAUCACAUCCCCAGUGGGUCAGAAGUUUACAUAUACUCAAUUAGUAUUUGGUAGCAUUACCUUUAAAUUGUUUAACUAGGGUCAAACGUUUCGGGUAGCUUUCCACAAGCUUCCCACAAUAAGUUGGGUGAAUUUUGACCAAUUCCUCCUGACAGAGCUGGUGUAACUGAGUCAGGUUUGUAGGCCUCCUUGCUCGCAAACACUUUUUCAGUUCUGCCCACAAAUUGUCUAUAGGAUUGUGGUCAGGGCUUUGAGAUGGCCACUUCAAAACCUUGACUUUGUUGUCCUUAAGGCAUUUUCCCACAACUUUGGAAGUAUGCUUGGUGUCAUUGUCCAUUUGGAAGAUCCAUUUGCGACCAAGCUUUAACUUUCUGACUGAUGUCUUGAUGUUGCUUCAAUAUAUUCACAUAAUUUGUCUUUCUCAUGAUGCCAUCUAUUUUGUGAAGUGCACCAGUCCCUCCUGAAGCAAAGCACCCCCACAACAUGAUGCUCCCACCCCGUGUUCUUCGGCUUGCAAGCCUCCCCCUUUUUCCUCCAAACAUAACGAUGGUCAUUAUGGCCAAACAGUUCUAUUUUUGUUUCAUCAGACCAGAGGACAUUUCUCCAAAAAGUACGAUCAUUGUCCCCAUGUGCAGUUGCAAACCGUAGUCUGGCUUUUGUAUGGCGGUUUUGGAGCAGUGGCUUCUUCCUGGCUGAGCAGCCUUUCAGGUUAUGUCGAUAUAGGACUCGUUUUACUGUGGAUAUAGAUACUUUUGUACCUGUUUCCUCCAGCAUCUUCACAGGGUCCUUUGCUGUUGUUCUUUGAUUAAUUUCCACUUUUCGCACCAAAGUACAUUCAUCUCUAGGAGACAGAACGCGUCUCCUUCCUGAGCGGUAUGAAGGCUGCGUGGUCCCAUGGUGUUUAUACUUGCGUACUAUUGUUUGUACAGAUAAACGUGGUACCUUCAGGCAUUUGGAAAUUGCUCACAAGAAUGAACCAGACUUGUGGAGGUCUACAAUUUUUCUAAGGUCUUGGAUGAUUUCUUUUGAUUUUCCUAUGAUGUCAAGCAAAGAGGCACUGAGUUUGAAGGUAGACUUUGAAAUACAUCCACAGGUACACAUCCAAUUGACCCAAAUUAUGUCAAUUAGCCAAUCAGAAGCUUCUAAAGCCAUGAUGUAAUUUUCUGGAAUUUUCCAAGCUGUUUAAAGGCACAGUCAACUUAGUGUAUGUAAACUUCUGACCCACUGGAAUUGUGAUACAGUGAAUUAUAAGUGAAAUAAUCUGUCUGUAAACAAUUGUAGAAAAAUUACUUGUCAUGCACAAAGGAGAUGUCCCAACCGACUUGCCAAAACUAUAGUUUGUUAACAAGAAAUGUGUGGCGUGGUUGAAAAACAAGUUUUAAUGACUCCAACCUAAGUGUAUGUAAACUUCCGACUUCAACUGUAGCUGCACCGCUACAUGGAAAAAAAGUUAAACUACUGAAAACACUACAUAGAUUUGAAUUUAGUUCCACUGCCACCAAGUUGCUGCAAAAUGUAGUUAAAUUACAAGUUGAACUACAUGUACACUAAACAAAAAUGUAAACGCAACAUGUGUUGCUCCCAUGUUUCAUGAGCUGAAAUAAAAGAUCCCAGAAAUGUUUCCUACAAACAAAAAGCUUAUUUCUCUCAUUUUGUGCACAAAUUUGUUUACAUCCCAGUUAACAAGCAUUUCUCCUUUGCCAAGAUAAUCCAUCCAGCUGACAGGUGUGACUUAUCAAGAAGCUGAUUAAACAGCUUGAUCAUUACCCUUGUGCUGGGGACAAUAAAAGCCCACUCUAAAAUGUGCAGUUUUGUCACAAAAAACAAUGCCACAGAUGUCUCAAGUUUUCAGGGAGUGUGCAAUUGGCAUGCUGACUGCAGGAAUGUCCACCAGGGCUGUUGCCAGAGAAUAUAAUGUGCAUUUCUCUACCAUAAGCCACCUCCAACUUUGUUUGAGAAUUUGGCAGUAUGUCCAUGUGGGCAAGCGGUUUGCUAAUGUCAAUGUGGUGAACAGUGAGUGGCAUGAGUGGCACAGCGGUCUAAGGAACUGCAUCUCAGUGCUAGAGGUGUCACUACAGACCCUGGUUCGAUUCCAGGCUGUAUCACAACCGGACGUGAUUGGGAGUCCAUUAGGGUGGCGCACAUUUGGCCCAGCUUCGUCCGGGUUAGGGUUUGGCCAGGGUAGGCCGUCUUUGUAAAUAAGAAUUUGUUCUUAACUGACUCGCCUAGUUAAAUAAAUACCUUUUUAUUUUUUUAUUUGAAGAGCUAUAUGGGCUUUUGCCAAAUAGUUUAAAAAAACAAAAAAACAUUGCAGAAUACAACCAAACAGAUAUUGAAAUGUAAUGGUAUGCCGUGAACAUUUACAGAACAUGCCUUAUGGUUACUUACAGUAAAAAGUCUAAUAUAGUUUAAGAAAAAAUAAAUUAUAAAGUAAUUGAGUGACUCAAAGAUUACAUAUCUGAUUUUAAUUGUUUAUUUUAUGUACCUUAUUAAAGCUUUGUAAAAGCCAUUUGUUUGUUGAAUGCAACUUUAUGAUCUGUUAAACAAAUAAAGACAAUUUGUUAAGGAAGG